GGACCAGUAUCAGAUAUGGGAGCGAGAUAAACUUGGAGUCUGUCUGCAUCAUGCUCUGGCCGAAAGUCAACCUGAAAUAUGGGAGUGCGUUUUGUAUUGUCACCGCCAUCACUGUGUUCUACUGCCUCUGCUCUGUCCACCUCUACCACAGCCCCAAUGAUUUUCCUGUGCCUUCUUCAUGCGCUCCCAUGCAGCUCCACCAAACUCCUCAAAAUGUUUCCCAGAAUUCUCGUGGCUGUCUCCCUAAAAUGGAUAUUAUGUUCAUGAAGACCCAUAAAACUGCCAGCAGCACUAUCAUCAACAUUCUAUUUCGUUUUGGCCAAAAGCAUGGACUCAAAUUUGCCUUUCCAAAUAGCAGAAACGAUUUCUACUAUCCAUCGUCUUUCCAUCGCACAUAUGUGAAGGGAUAUCAGUCCGGCCUCUGCUUCAACAUAAUGUCUAACCACAUGAGGUUUAACAGCGCUGAAGUUACUCAAGUCCUACCUCAGGACACUGUUUACGUCACUGUCCUACGAGACCCGGCGGAGCUAUUUGAGUCAUCGUUCCAUUACUUUAGUCACCUUAUUCCACUGACUUGGUGGAUUCAAGGCGAGGAUAAAAUGACAGAAUUCCUUCGUGAUCCAAACUACUACUACAAACCAAACGGAUUGUAUUCUUUCUAUCUAAAAAAUCUGCUUUUCUUCGACUUUGGCUAUGAUAAUAAUCUAGAUGAAGACAGUCCCAUGGUGGAACAGAGCUUCAAGGAGAUUGCUAAACGCUUCGACCUGGUGAUGUUAACAGAGCACUUUGAGGAAUCUCUUAUACUGCUCAAGGAUGUCCUCUGCUGGAGCAUGGAUGAACUAUUAUUUUUCAAGCUUAAUGCUCGCAAGGAAUCUUCUGCUCCAAGACUGACUCCCGAACUGAAGCAAAAAGCCCUUAAAUGGAACAGCAUUGAUUGGAAACUCUAUAAGUAUUUCAAUAGCACUUUCUGGCACAAAGUGGAAUUGUAUGGGAGAGAACAAAUGGUCAAAGAUGUGGCAGAGCUUAAAAGGAGAAAUGCGGAAAUGAUGGAAAUAUGCAUCGAAGGGGGUCAUUCAGUUGAGGCUACAAACAUUCACAGUGAGGAUUUGCAGCCAUGGCAACCGGUGGGAGAAAAGUCUAUAGUGGGAUACAAUCUGAAAAGUAACAUUGAUAAACAGUAUGAGGAGCUGUGCAGGAAGAUGCUGACUCCAGAACUGCAGUAUAUGUCCGAUUUAGGGGUCAACUUGUGGCUCACCAGACUGUGGGGGUCUGUGAGAAAAGUGAUGGGAUUGUGAGACUUUGAUGCUAGUUUUUCAUUUUUUUCAUAGAUAUAUUUAUUUUGCAGUGUUAUAAAGCUAAGGGAGCGACAUUUCUACUAUUAACAACUUUAAAUUGUUUAGCAUGAGUCAAUGGCCAACCAAACUUCAGUUCAAAAUCAGCAUUAGCUUUAAAUCACAUUUUUAUAUAGUGUCUUUCCACCUUCAAGGCACUCAAAGUGCUUUACAUCAAGGAACCACUCACCUAUUCACACACCAGUGUAUACAGACACUGGGGAAAAUUGGGCUAAGUGUAUUACCCAAGGACACAAUGGCAGUAAUCAUCUGUAGAAGCUAGAAUCACACCUCUCUACUAUGUCGAUAGUAGGAUUCAAACCGUAAACCUUCAGAUCAGUUGACAAACACUUUACCAACUGAGCUAUUGUCGCCUUUAUGUCUCUUUUGUUGUAUAGACCUUGUAUAUAUCUUUGUAUGUAACUUUUUGUGUGUAGUUUUGGAACAGGUCUGCGAAGAGGUGAUCCUCUUACAGAAAGCAUGUUUUUCAAUGUAUCUUGGAGUAACUAAAAACUGUAUUAAAUAAAUGUGAGUUAGGUCAAUUUAAUGCCAGCCUAUGGAACCUUUCAGGCAAAGAAACAACAUCUCUAUACAGACACAUGUCAUGUGCUUUACACAAUUGCUGUAAAUACUUGUUGCCUAAGUUUCUUAUUAUUCAUUUGCACCUAAAUAAAAUGCAAAAUACAAAAUACAUAGUGCACUCUACGCUAGAAUACACUGAACAUGUGGAUCUUAUAGCCGACUCCAAUUUUACCUCCGGAUCAUCAUCGCAACUGUCUGUCCUCGACUUCGCGUCUGGAAAUCUAUUUUUAGACUGCCAGUACACUGUUACGUCAGUGCCCAGAGACAGGCAGUUACUAGAAAUGUCCAGAAGAGGGAGCCAGAAACUAAGGCUUCAGCCAAUACGCUCAUAGGAAACGCUGGAUGCGUCAUUUUUCAUCUGUACAGACCUUCACGGUGACUUUGGGGGAAUGGAUAUUAUGUAAGAAGCCAUGGACAGUAUCACACAAACGCACAUGGAGAAAAGCGGGGCGUAAAUCUACAUUCAAAGCGCCGUGGCCUUGUCCUUGACUGGAAGUUACACGUGCAUUCAUGGCCUUCAGGCUUUUACAAACCCAAACCAGCACGCACACACUGUCCUCACUAACCUAUGCAUGAUGUAUGAAUGAAAUAUGAAAGU